CCCGGUCCCGGCCCCGGGAGGAGGCGGCGGCGGCGGCGGCGGUCCCCGGUCCCGGAGGCGGAGCCAGCGCCCGGCUCGGCUCCGCGGGCUCCGGAGCCACAUCCUGGGAAGGAGAGAGCGGCACCGGGACCGGGACCGGGGCGGGAGCCGCAUCGCCGUGACCGCCCCUCGCCACCGCCCAGGAUGUGGUGGGACGAACGGGUGUCGGCUCGGUUCCGGAGGAACCUGCAGCCCACCCUUACCUAUUGGAGCGUCUUCUUCAGUUUCGGCCUCUGCAUCGCUUUCCUGGGGCCCACGCUGCUGGACCUGCGCUGCCAGACCCAGAGCUCCCUCUCCCAGAUCACCUGGGUCUUCUUCUCCCAGCAGUUCUGCCUCCUGCUCGGCAGCUGCCUCGGAGGGGUCUUCAAGAGGACGUUGGCUCAGUCCUUGUUUGCACUGUUCGCCUCGUCACUGGCAAUCUCCUUGGUCUUUGCCAUUAUUCCUCUGUGCCACAAUGUGGUGGUCCUGGCUGUGGUCAUGGCUGUGGCAGGACUGGCCAUGGGUUGCAUCGACACCAUCUCCAACAUGCAGCUGGUGAAGAUCUACCAGAAGGACUCGGCCGUCUUCCUGCAGGCCCUUCAUUUCUUCGUGGGCUUUGGAGCGCUGCUAAGCCCACUGAUAGCUGACCCCUUCCUCUCGGACACCAACUGCAUCCUCUCAAACUCCACGGCCAACGCCUCCAGCAACCUCCCUCACAUCCGCAAGUCCCUGGUCCCGCACCAUCCGGGCAACCUGUCUCAUUACGACCUGCCGAUGAAAGGCAUGGUGGUCACGCGCGUCUCCUAUGCCUUCUGGAUCAUGGCCCUCAUCAACCUGCCGGUCCCCAUCGCGGUGUUUUUCUUGCUCUACAAGGAGCGGAUGGUGCCGUGCUUCAACAGCAGCAGCCACCCGCUGCUGUCGGCCGACGAGCUGGCGAUGGAAACGCAGCCCGCAGAGAAGGACGAUCUCCCCGCCGCCGUGCAGAGACCCCACGCAGCAGGAGGUCAUGAUGACUUAUUUAGCUGCUGCCAAAGCAAAAACUUCAGAGGGGCUUCUUACACCUACUUCGCAGUCCACAUCACUGGGGCUCUUGUUCUCUUCAUGACUGAUGGGAUUGUGGGAGAGUACUCGGGCUUCAUUUACAGCUACGCGGUGGAAGAGCCUCUCUCCGUAGUACAUAAAGUGGCCGGUUACCUGCCCAGCCUCUUCUGGGGAUUCAUCACACUGGGCAGGCUCAUCUCCAUCCCUGUGUCCUACCGAAUGAAGCCGGCAACUAUGGUCUUCAUCAACGUGGUCGGAGUCCUGAUAACCUUCCUCCUGCUCCUGAUUUUCUCCUACAGUGUUGUCUUCUUGUUUGUGGGGACAGCAUCUCUGGGCCUGUUUCUCAGCAGCACUUUCCCCAGCAUGCUUGCCUAUACUGAGGACAUCCUGCAGUACAAAGGCUGUGCCACAACCGUGUUGGUGACCGGAGCUGGAAUUGGAGAGAUGGUACUACAGUUACUGGUGGGAUCGAUUAUACAUGAUCAGGGCAGCUACAGUUUCCUGGUCUGUGGGAUGAUCUUUGGAGGCUUGGCCUUUACCUUCUACGCUUUCCUCUUGUUUUUCCACAGGAUGUACCCCAAGCCCUCAUCAGAUAUGGAUGAUGCCUCGCCUGACAAACCAGCAGUAAUGGAUGACACUGGACAGUAUCAGCGCUAAAGAAGUGGCCAAGGCCUAGACAAGCAAUAAAACAACACACAAUUAAGCAUUACUGUUAAGGAUGAUUUCACAUUUAAUGACUGAAUCAUGCAAGUUUUCUGCAAUCAAAAGCACAUUAGAUUGGGUAAGUCAGAAUCAAGAAAACAUCCUAAAACACUGCAUCAAGCUAAGCACAAGUUGCCCAUGUCACAUGUACCAAAAAUAAGACUGUCAGCAUCAGACUGACCCUAUGUUUGAAAGGCUAUGGUAUAUGGCAGGGAUGAUGGGAGAAAUUACUCCUGCAAACAAACUUUCUUACCAAUUCAGGAUGGAGGGUGGGAAAGAGGAGGUUCUCUCUGUUCCAUACAUAAGAGUGAAUAUCUUCUGGCUUAGUCAUUGAACUUAACAGAUUUUUCUUUUGGCCUGUAACAUACAGAAGCCCCUACAAUUUACAGCACAAUACUGGAUUUGAGUUCAUUUUUGUGCAACACCGACUCAAGUAUAUGUCACUUCCGUGUAUACUUCCAAAGGGGAAAAAUUACACAAGUGGUAGAACCCACCAAGUGCACAGCAGUAGCGGGACCUAUCUGUAUUUGCACAGCUGAUUCUUGUACAUUACACAGUAUCAGACAUGUUCACUAAGACAGUGUCUUAUUCAGCAUGCUAGGGCCUCUUGAUUAUUAAGAUCAUUAGCUUUUUUUUUUUUUUUUUUUUUUUUUUUUGAGUCAAGAAUGAUGGUUUGUUUUGCUUUAAGUCACUAGUUUAGCUGCUACAGUUGCAGUGUCUUUUAGGGUGGUUUUAUUUCUAGCUUCCAGUUGAAGCUUAAACAGAGGUAUUUGGGAGCCAGCCUCCAGCUGCUUAAUCUGUGCAAUACUUACUUAUUAUAAUAACAGGUGCCUUCUGUAAGGUACUCUCAUAACCCACGCAUGACCUAUUACAAGCUACGAAGAAAGGACUGGCUUUAGAAGAGUGUAAAGCUACAUACAUCUAUUUCUUCAGUGAGUGAUUGGACAUGUACUUUUUGCUUUAACUGCUGUAUGUGGAUGUACAUAUGUACGUGUGUAUAUAAAGCAGUGUUUAAUUAAAGGUGAUCGAUUGCUAGAUUCUCA